UCACGUGGAAGCUUGGUCCUCCUGCCAUCCGGUUUUGUCCAUCUGUUGCUGGCUGUCAUGCCUACGUGACAGUAGGUGUACUCCGAAAUUCAGAUUCAUAGAUUGAUGGUGUGUGAGAGCUCUGGCCAUUACUGGAACAGCUGAGCUUUCAGCUGGAUCCGUGAUCAGUUUUAAUAUUGUACUUUCAGAUGGGAACUAUCCCGGCUGAGAAGAUGAGAUUCCGGCCAUUGAGGACCCUUGAGCUGGUUCUCCUGGUCCUCGUUCUGUGGGCAGCGUGUACCUUUCUGUUGUGGCGCGCCCGAGGCCCUUGUCCGGAACCCAUGAAGCCCGCUGACUGUGGGGAACUUGCAAGAAUCGCCAAGCCCCUUCAACCAGGCCUGGGACGUCUGGACACCCCAACGCCACACCACAACACCAUCCACGCUAGCCCCACCCAUGCCUUCUCUAAUAUCACCCCCGUAUACAUUGUGGAGGAACAUCACGAAGUGUUGAAGUACUGGUACAAUGCGGCUGACAAAGGGCUCAUACCGAAAGGGGGCAACGUUGUGCUGCACAUCGACGGGCACUCCGAUGGCGCUACUCCGUUCGAGUGGAAAAUCAUCCCGCUCUUCCGCCAUCCCAGGACCAGCGAGGAGAUCACUAACAUGAUGCAACAGAAUGACGUCUUCAUGGUCGCUGCAGCCAUGACAGGACUCAUCACCCGUUACAUAUGGGUGUGGCCACCCUGGGACACCAAUGAUGGCGAACACCCCGACCAGGUUGACUACCAGCGCAUGGACGUCAGGGCGGGCACCACUUACAAACACGUCAACGGCAACAAGGUGAAGGAACUCUGCGCAUGCGUAUCCACAGGGCCGAUAAUAAAGGAGAAGUACUGCGUCAUGAACAACAUCACCGAAGGAUCAGACGACGAGAGCGGGAUCCCCAUAGAGGAGUCGGCCUGUACGUUCAGGACGUCAGGGGUCAUUGAGAUUGUUAGUGAGCGGAAAGCAAUAUUGUUAAUGAAGUCUGGCAAAUGGCUCACUCACAAUGACAACGUCAUCCUGGACAUUGACGAGGACUACUAUGGAUGCGAGGCGGCGGUUAUGCCACUUUACAACUCCGGACUGCAAGAAACCGACAUCAGAGACAUCAGCAUGUGGAUACAACUUCUCGUCUGCGCGCAAGGUACAGCAGACGAGAGGACGGUAGACAACUUCUUCCAUUCCGUCCUCGAGUCUAUCAUAGAAUUCAAACAUCUAUGUCAGUCGGGGGUAAUCCUACGCGACAGAUGCAACGUUAGCGAAGCACGAUCAGCGUUUUGGCGUCAAGUUCCAGCGAUGCUCAAAGAUCUUCAAGGACGAAUUCAGGGGCACUUUUGUAAACAGAACCCUGGGUUUAUAUUGAAGAUGGUGUUGUCAAAACUCGUUACCUUCACGGCGGAUCAGCUCCGUGCCUUGUCCCAAGUGGGGGUCUGCCUCAGUAUGUCUCCAAAAACACUCGAGUUCAUCCCCAGGGACAACAUGCGUCUGUGUGACGGUUACAACCGCCCUAACGAAACGAUGGUGGUAUUCCAUACCCCGGAUGUAGAGGAGAUAGAUGAGCGGACAGAGAAUAUGGAGACUAUUCUAGAUGGGAGGAUGUUCUCCCCAAAGCUUGUUACAAUAUGUCGUUCCGUCCGUGACGGCUACACACCAAAGAAAUACUUUCGAAAAAUAGAAAGCGAUGUGUUGAGCGUUUUGCAAAAUUCAUUCUCAAAGGUUUCUGAAAAUUUUAUAUUGUAUGAUUCUGAUUUGUUAGGUGGUCCAACAGGGUGGUACGGGAGGCAUUGACGGAACGGUGGUAACUGUAACGAUUCAUCGAAAAACAUUCAGGGGCACUUUUGUAAAAUGAACCCUGACUUUAUAUUGAAGAUGGUGUUGGCAAAA